CUACAGUCAGGGAGUUCUUUGACAAUCUGGCUGUAGUUAUGGACAGGCAUGCCUUCCCUCCACACAUGAUUUACAAUGUGGAUGAAACAGGUGUCUUUACGGUACAAAAGCCACAGCAGGUUGUGACGGAGACAGGAAAAAAGCAAGUUGGUUCUGUCACAUCGGCUGAAAGAGGAGAACUGGUGACUGUGGUGUGUGCAGUGAAUGCUGCUGGGAAUGCCAUACCUCCCAUGUUUGUCUUCCCCAGAGUCAAGUUUAAGGAUUGCUUCAUGACAGGAGCACCUCCAGGAGCCAAAGGUACCGCCACCAGAACGGGAUGGAUGAAUGAAGACAUCUGGCCUGAGUUCCUUGAUCACCUGAUACAGCACACUAACUGCACCCCUGAUCGUCCCAUGCUGCUAAUCCUGGAUAAUCUAAAAGCUGACAUCUCACUCAAGGCAAUAGAAAUGUCCAAGAGCAACGGAAUUGUUCUGCUCACCCUCCCACCCCACACAUCCCAUCGCAUGCAGCCUCUCGACGUGACCGUGUAUGGCCCGUUCAAGACCCAAUACAGCCGUGCUCUUGAUGGGUGGAUGAGGUCUAACCCCGGCAAAACAGUCUCCAUCUACCAGACUGCAGGACUUGUGAAUGAGGCUUUCAUGUCAGCAGUGACACCACGUAACAUCACUUCUGGAUUUAGGUCCACUGGGAUUUCCCCAUAUAACCAAGACAUUUUCCCUGAUGAAGCGUUUGCACCAUCCAUGAUGAUCCACCUGCAGACGAACCACCAGCUGCAGAUAAAUCACCCGCUGAUGCUUAUCCAUUCACUGCGCAUGGCCCACAUGGAUGUGCCUCGCCAGCUGAUUCAGAUGUGCUACGUGUUCCCAGCCGAACUGGAUAUGUGUCUCCUCGUGAAAUACUACCACUUCCCAAAUGUCCCCCCAGAACACAAACCAAACGAAAGCGUGUGA